UUUUCGUUGCAAGGCUUCGACGAGCGAAGGUCGAUGGUGCCGCCGCUCUUGUGGCGAACCCAAGACAUUGUGAAGCUUGCCCACUUUGCUUCCUGCGCUCAUCGUCACACGCUGCAAUUCUUGCUACUCUCUGCACACCCAAAGUCGCCAAGGAGCUUUUUCGCGAAGCAGGGAAGACGCAGCUGUAGCCACACGGGCUUCAUUCUGCGACUUUGAGCUCGCAGGAGUGCAGGCUGCUGCGGAAAAUUCGCGCUGCUGGCUGUAUCAAGUACAAUGGAAAGUCGUCGAAGCUGCGCAUUCUGUCGGGCUCGCAAGCUUCGGUGCUCUGGGGAAACACCAUGGUGCGACAAAUGCGCCGAGCGGGAGCAAACAUGCAUAUAUGAGCUGGUCAAUACGACUAGAGCUGGAGCUCGUCCCUCCAUGGAAGCCCACACGAGCAGUCCUUUCGAGUCUGGCUAUAGUCCGCACACAUCAGCACCUACUGCUCCGGCGAAGCGGAAGAAGGUGUCUACCACACCGAAAGCAUCCUCGAGAGCGCGAUCUAUUGGAGAUGUAUGCGAUGAACGGGCGGGCGACUUGCAGAAGUAUGAAUACUGCGCAGCAGCUGCAGUGGAUGAUGGGCACAGCGAGCUGGGUGUGUUGGCACAAUCGCUAGAAGCUCCCAUUGGGGAGUGGCUGUUAGUAAUGGCAUCUGUCUCAAUUUGGCUCACUGCUUCGCAGCACUCGUCGAUGGUGCCACAGAACGAGAGCGUGCUGGGACUGCGCCAAGGGAUUUCAGCCCGUCUCUGGGUUCCGGACGCGAAGCCAGGACAGAAGGCUACGGACCCUGCGAGCACCAUCACUAGCUCACUGAAAGUCGAGCUCGUCAAUGCCGCUUUCGCGCAGCACCCAAUACUCUCUUUGCUCGUGAACAAGACAAUCCUGCAACGCGACAUGCAUGAUGGCAAUGCAGAGCGCAAUCUUGUCAAUGCCAUUCUGGCGGAGGGCAUCGGACUGACGCUCACAGUGCAAGACCGCAGCGUGGAGUACAUGAACGGAGAGGCGCUGCCCUCGCCGUCAAUGCUGGCCGAGGAUGCAGAGGCGGAGGUCAGACUUUCUGAUGCAUCGAGCGCUGCGCGAGCCUUCACGAGCGCUCAGGUAAUCGUUCUGCUUGCAUGGAGGUCACUCCGCCUAGACCAGCUGGGCCACGCCGUGAUCUUACUCAGCGUUGCGUCAGAUCUCUUGUCCUGGCUAGUCAAUGAGCGCCGACUCAGACCUGCAAGCCACAUGGUGCGGAUCAAUGGCGUUGACGUCAAAGAGGUUGAGGCAGAUUUGAUAGAUAACAUGAGAUGGAUAUGUCAUCUGGCACAGACCUUUUUCAAGUCCACCCUUGGUCAUGACACUGUGACCCCGCGGCAGGGCCUCGUCGCAGCACUGGAGCCUAGCGCGCUGCCCAAAGCUAGCGCUCAGGAAAGCUCCGGCUACCUUCUGGAUCGCAUUGCGGGAUGUUUCGCAACGCUUCCAUCGCACUCCGAUCAAAUUUCGGCGUUGUACACCGCGGCGCAAGCGCUGGACCUCGCAAAAGCCACCAUUCUGCCAGGGACGAGCGCGGCAAAUCGAGGGCACCAACUUGCCAAUCUCCGCAACGCCUACGCAGAGCACGUCAUCCGGGCUGAGGGUCUGCUCGAACCGCGUUAUAGUCUUGCAGUCACCAACACAUAUCAGGCUCUGGCUACUAGUCUAGUCACUCCAGUCGAAGAGGAGGAAGAGUAUGCGGGCUCUGAGGUCUUGAGCGCGACUUCUAGAAUCAACAGUCUCCAUACAAUCUUGAGCGAAGUGUCGCAAAGCAGGGUCGCCCGCCAUGGGCAAACAAGGCUCGAAGGAGGCCCGCUUGGUGUGCGAGGUAGAGGCCUGGCCGCCACGAUGCGAUGGCUGACGUUGAUGACUGCAGCACCAUUCUGUCUAUCAAUGAUGCGCUCAAAUCUCAGCCUACCCUCAGAAGAUUUGGCGCUCCUAAAGAGAAGUGCUGCAGAAGUGUCUAGGGCAGAAGCUGCGGAACUGACGGUUGCACAGACCUCUGCACUUGUGCAUCGUCAGGAAGACAUCCGACGGGUGCUUGGACUUGACGAGGUCAUGGCCCGCGUGACGCCGCAAGUGGGCGAGUCCGAGCCCUACACACAGCGAACCCGCGAUAGGGCAUCCCGUUCGCCAGACGGCAAUUCCAAUCAUCUCACGUCUCGAUGGACGUCGUCAGCGGAGCAGUCGCGAGGCACAGCUCCUUCUUCCUAUCAAAUUAGCGCCUCCGCAUUCACUCGAUCUUCGCCCCCUAGUCAGCCCAUCACGCUGACCUCUACCUCACUUGGCAAGCGACCCUUUUCGCCCGCUAAGGAGUUCGAGUACACGCCAAUUCACCGGGUGACUCUCUCUCAGGACAGGUUCGAACAAUCGCAGCAAAGCGAAAGUAGCGCGCUAGAGGGCCAGCAUUUCUCUCAGUCCCAAUCUCAACGGUCACCCAGGUGGCGAGCGAGCUCACCUUCGCAACGAUCAUCUCCGCCCCUCGCGCCGCCGCCGCAUGUGUGGAGACGAGCAGAGUCAUCUGUGCAAGGUGGCAACAUCAGCGCGAUUCGCAUGGUUGAAGACCAGUCCACUGCGAAUUGCCUGGAUGCGGCCAGGUCCGCGUCGUCUUCAGCUUACGCUGACUUGCCGACGAGCUCGUUGUCAAGGCCACAAGUGCAGUCGAUGUUUGCCAACAGCAAUCGCAACGGAAAAUUGAGCCGUGCACGAGAGCGCACUAGGAGCAGGGACGCCCCGCCAGCUUCUCAUCAGCCCUCGACACACCGUUCCACGCCGUCACCACCUCUGCGUACGCUCAAUCGAUUCGACCCCAUUGUUGAGACGCAGCUGAGUAGUAGUGCGGCAUCGUCGUCGCAGACAGAUCAACGGCGGGAAGAGGGCGUCUGGCAUGACAGCCUUGGCGAUUUCGUAUAGGACAGGGAGCCUGCCGCAGCUGUCUCAUUCGCAUCAUGUCCCUCCUCGCACAUGGGUGGGUGCUGCCCUGGGAUGCCAAAGCCUCUCCGCAAUAUGCUGUCGUACUUCCCAUCAGGAUGUCGUUAGCCCCGCGCGGACUGCCGGAUCUUAUCGGACCUUGGCCUGAGGAUCGUCAAAUCAAUGCAGUCGUGCAUGUGACAAGGAAGGCGCCGCUGCGGGCGACCAUCUGCAAAUUUGCUGUGUUUCUCAGCAGGCAACAAUCAAAAUUCAUGUGUAUUUACG